AGUUUAGUAGAGCCACAUAACAUCAAAACCCUAUAUCUACAAAUCGGCUUCUGGUUCUGGAGUCUUGAAUCGUACCCUAAUUCCCACAAAACCCUAGCUCUCUCCGACUUCGUUCAAAUCAAUGGCACCAAAACGAUCUACUCCCUUGGAAGAUCCACCGGCUGCUUCUUCUUCUCAAGAAGAGGAAAGCUCCAGUGGAGAAGAAGACGACGGAGAAGAGGAAGAGGGAUCUUCAUCUGAAGAAGAAGAGACUCAGGGAAAGCCGCAAAAACCCUCUUCUCAACCAGCGUCACAGAUCCAAACUGCAAAACCAGUUCACAAGAAGCCUGAUUCCGAAUCCGAGUCUGAUGAGUCUGACUCUGAAUCCGACUCCGAUGAUGACCGACCUAAUCAUGCCCGUGACGCCACUGUCAAGCCCAUCGCUUCUAAGCCCAUGGAGGAGACUCCUACCAAAACCACGAAGCCUAGAUCUAAACCCUCGGCAUCAAGUCCUGCUACCGCGAAGUCAACGGCCGCGGUGAAGAGGGCCAGUGAGAGUGAUCGCGACCCGAAAGACUCUAAGCGGCGCAAGAAGAAGGAUUCGGAAUCUGAUGGAGUUGUUGAGAAGUCCGAGGAUACGAAGAAACAGCUGUUUCAGCGGCUCUGGAGCGAGGAUGAUGAGAUUGCGGUGUUAAAAGGCAUCAUUGAUUUCACUAAAAAGAAAGGAACUGACCCCUCGAAGGAUAUGACCUCGUUUCAUGAUUUCAUUAAGAAAUCGCUUCACUUUGAUGUCUCUUUAAGCCAGUUGAAGGAUAAGGUUUGGAGAUUAAAGAAGAAAUUUGAGAACCAUGUGAGUAAAGGGAAGAAGGGUGAAAAUAAGACGUUUUCGAAGGCUCAUGACCAGAAAUCCUUCGAUUUGUCAAAAAAGAUAUGGGGUAGUGAAGCAAUUAGUGGGAGAGGAGUUGACUUGGGUGUUAAGUCUAAUGGCAAAGCAAAGAUGAAUGGCGGUAAUAAUCAGAGAAGCAAGAGUUUUGAUACAUUGAAUGCUGAACAGUGUUUGGACGUGGAGAAGGAGACUGAGAAGGUUGAUAAGAUGGAGGUUGAGACUGAAAGCCAUUCUGGUCUGAAACAGAUUGUAGAGUUUGAUAGGACUGCGAGUGUAGCAGGAAUGGAAGAGUAUGUGGUAAAGAGGGGACUGGAUAUGUUGGAGGGAGCCAAAAAGGCUGAGAUGGAAGAGAAAUGGAGGCAGUUGCAUGUUGCUGAAUUGGAGCUGUUUCUGAAGAGGAAUGAGUUGAUAAGGGAGCAGGCAAAGCUGAUGCUGGCUGCAUAUAAGACUGAGUAGGAUUAGGCUAUGGUAAAGUAUAAUUGUGGCUUUCUUGGUUGCUUUUAUGUCGUAGUUGCUAGGUUAUUAUUAUUUCUGUGUUUAUGAUUUGGUGACUCUGUAACUUCUAGUAUCAGCUGCUUUUGUGUCCUUAAAGGUAUGUUUGGUUCAAUUUCAAUUCCUCAAAUUUUGUGGAAUUUAAUUGAAUUUCAUGUUUUCUC